CGGAGGAGUGAGCAGCACAGGCCGCUUCCUGGAGGAGGACGCAGCUGGCUUGGAAGUACUGCUUUCACCCGGGAACAAGAUGAUCCUGGACAGCAUAGCUCGGGUCAUUAAGGUGCAGCUUCCCGCCUAUCUGAAGAGACUGCCGGUACCGGACAGCAUCGCCGGCUUCAUUAGGCUGACAGUUUCCGAAUGGCUGCGACUACUGCCUUUCUUGGGUGUCCUCGCCCUGUUGGGAUAUCUUGCAAUCCGACCAUUCCUACCAAAGAAGAAGCAACAGAAGGACAGUUUGAUCAAUCUUAAAAUCCAGAAGGAAAACCCUAAGGUUGUCAAUGAAAUAGAUAUAGAGGACCUGCAUAUCGCUAAAGUUGCCUACUGCCGAUGCUGGCGCUCUAAAACGUUUCCUGUUUGCGAUGGCUCCCAUAACAAGCACAAUGAACUUACUGGAGACAACGUGGGUCCACUCAUCUUGAAAAAGAAAGAAAUUUAAGUGUAAAAACAUUUUCGGAAAUGUUCUCGUCUGCGUUGUCUAGGAGCUGCAAGGAAAUUCUAAGGCCAUUUUUAAUGAAGUAUUUCAGAGUCCUGCUCUGAUAUUGAAGUGGAUCUCUGGUACCUAAACAUGUGCACUUGUGAUGAUCUGUAAUACAGUAGUUAAGUUUUGUGAUUUGUGACUUACAAUGCCUUUGU